AUGUUGCAACUACCCAGAGCUUUGGCCACAGGUGCUACACAAAAAUCAAUUUGGAAAAUUGCUUCCUGCAAACUCAAUGUUUAUUCAUAUCGUUGCCUUAGCACGCUCGAGUCCGACCUAAUCAAGGGCAUCAAACACCAAGAAAUUACAACACCCCCAGACAAUAAUACACAUAAAGAAGAAUAUUUAAAAGAUAAAAUUGCACCGGCACUGGAUAUUAAAGAACGAGAGGCACUUCUUGAUUCCCUAAUCCAGGAUCUUCGAGAUAUUAACACUAGAUUCUUGACCCUGGUUUCGUCAAGGAGUCCUACAAAUGGAAGUAUAGGCGGGGCUAUUGAUAAUGAAACACUUUCAAAAAAAGUCAAUCUCCUAAUCCUUCAUCUCAAGUCUAUCAGCAGAGGACAGCCUUACCCAAUCCGUAUUGGAAUCAAAAAGGCUCCUGGUAAUAGUAAUUCUUUACUCCCUGCGCUUCUUGGGGACCCUCUUAGUGGAAACCAGGACUGGUAUUCUAAACUCAAGCAGCGGCUGAACAAAGGGAAUCAUUUAGUAGCAUAUCGUGCUCCCGAGGAAUUCCCAACUUGGAACGAUAAUUCUGACAAUAAGCCCUUCAGUGUGAUAGUGGAAAAUGUUGCACAUGAUCGAACAUUAUCAUUUUGGGAAAUUCAAACACCACUUCUAAGCAGCACUCUUCGUCUCGGCAAUUUCAAAAACCUACAGCAAGCAUUUGGUGGCACUAAUGCUGAUCGACUAGUGGCCUCUUCUUCCCCUUCCUCUUCACCUAAGAAUAUCCUUCGGCUCAAUGAUUUGGAGCUUUUAGAAAUCAACACUGCAAAUGUGGGAAAUUGCAAUAUCUUGCCCUUGACAAUUUCUAGAAAAGAAGAUGAAGACAUCCUUUAUGAAUCAUAUAUUCCACUCCCAGAUAUUGAAGAUGAAAAUCUUGAUAUUGGUGAUGGAUGCCAUCUUUACGUGUAUCAUACCGUGAAAGAUACACAAUAUCCUAUGGAAGAAGUUUUUCCAUACUUUCUUGUUGUAGACUCUGCUCAAAAAUCCAUGCCAGAUGGUCCUAUCAAUAUCAAUGAGGAAGGAUUAUUCUCAGAAGAUGGUACUCCGAUAGUGCUUCGUAUAGACUCGAAAAUGGCGCAACAAGCAAACGAACUACUCAUGUCUGAUUUUUCCCAGUCAUCUCAGUAUGUGGCUUCACUAAAAUCAUCCAAUCUCUUGAAGCUUUUGUAUUUGUUGAAUACUGCUACGGCAGGUGAGAAAAAUGUUUUGGAUUUACUCAAGAUCAUCAAUAAAAUUAUUACCGUCAGAUUUUUCUAUUCAGCCACCACUGCACUUGAAGAGUCUGAACUUUUGGCCUUGCAAAAUACCGUCAGAGAAGAAGUGCGCCAAUGGGCUCGUGCAUCAAAUAGCUUUCUUCAAAGAGGUUUCCGUAAUGCAUUGGAGGAGUAUGAAAAACGUCAACUUGUGUGGUGGAAGCUUCCUUGGAUUGCCGAUGACCUUGAAUUUUAUAUGAUUGAAAUGAUUCACCAAGCAAUGAGAUCUCAGAAGGGAAGAAAUAAUUUCAUGGAAAAGCUUAGUUAUGUGGAAGGCAAAAUUGACAGCCAUUUGAUUCCUGCGCCUAUUUCUGGAGAAUUGAAUUCGAACCCAUUGGUAAAGGAUGCGAAUGAUGGGCGCAACAGUGGCUCAAUUGACCAGUUCAUGGAUACUUUAGCUCCUGAUAUUAUUAACAUUCAAAACGCCACAAUCAAGACACUCACUACUCAACUCCUUGGUGUUUAUACUCCAGCUACUUUGCUCAGUGUCCUUGGAGGAUAUGCUCUAUAUGGUUUUGAUGUUUAUGCUGUUGGAGGAGUUGUUGCGCUUGCUACCGCUAUAGUUUGUAACAAUAUCAGCAAACAUUGGGAAUCAUCAAUGCGUGGGUUCAAGCUGAAAGUGGUGGAAUUAUUAAGAAAAGAAAUCAGGGAAGAAGAAGCAUACUUGCACACAAAAUGGGAUGUGGUGUAUACUAAACGAGAAAAGCUAAUUAGAGAGAAUGUUGGUUUAGUGGAAAAGUUUAGAGAAAAUAUUGAAGCAUUGGAGAAGAUAGAGAAUGGUCAGAAAUGA